UGUCCAUUUGUGUAUUUACUUCAAAGUAAUGUAUCCUUUGGACUGCUCGCUUGUCUGUUUGGUAUUUAUAGCGAGUGGCUUGCAAGUUAUGAAGACAGAACAGUUUCAGGCUGCCAUAGGUAGAAGCUAACUCUGCUUAUUCUUCAGACUCUUACACUUGGAACUUGAAAUUAAAAAAAAAUGCAAUGCACUGAGGACCUGGAUUUCUACCUGAGCGCUGUACUAUUUAUUAGUGGGGUCCUGUAUCUCAUUCGACAGCUUGCUCUCCCAGCUCCUUAUGGGAAACACGUGGAGAACGAUAAGAAACAUAGGUACAUCAUGGUCCCAGCCAAGUAUGCAUGGUUUAUUCAGGAAGUGCCCUCAUUCCUUGUGCCAGUGUUGGUUAUACUACACAGUCAGCAGAAAUGGGGCACUCUGAGCUGUAUGAUGCUUUUAUUCAUGUUCUGUGGACACUAUUUCCACAGGUCAUUUAUCUAUUCUGUAUUCACGAGAGGAAGACCUACGCCUCUACACAUUGUAAUUAUGGCUGUGGCAUUCUGUUCCUACAAUGGCUUCCUACAAGGACACUGUUUGGUUUAUGGUGCUGCCUAUGACAAGGAAUGGUACAAAGAUAUCCGAUUUGCAUCAGGUAUAAUGAUAUUCAUUAUUGGGAUGGGAAUUAACAUCCACAGUGAUCAUAUUCUGCGCAAUUUAAGAAAACCCAAAGAAGUCUCAUACAAGAUUCCACAAGGAGGAAUGUUCAAGUAUGUCUCAGGAGCCAAUUUCCUAGGUGAAAUAGUAGAGUGGUUUGGUUAUGCAAUAGCAACAUGGACCCUGCCAGCAUUUGCAUUUGCCUUCUUUACUCUUUGCUCCAUUGGACCAAGGGCAUAUCAUCAUCACAAGUAUUAUCUCCAGGUUUUCAAGGACUAUCCCAAAGAAAGAAAAGCUCUAAUUCCUUUGAUUUUUUAACAUUGCUAAUGGAGGUUAAGAUUUUGCUAUUUUAGGCAACGGACUAGGACACAACUGUGGAUUUUACUUAAGUGGGUUUUUUUUGUACAUUGGAUUUGAAAGAACAUUUUUAAACUGGAUCAACUGGAA